AUGGUGAGAAAGAGGCGUAGUGAUCUUCCUGGCUCUGGCGAGAGCUCAGAUUCACAUGAAACCGGCAUUGGGAGAGGUGGGCCCCAACGCCCACCCUCCCAGCAACAGCCGCCACAGGCCCAGCAGCCUCAGCCACAAGGAGGGUACCAUCAGGGAGGAGGAAGAGGCUGGGCCGGGCCUCAGCGGGGAGGAUACAGUGGCCGUGGUGGAGCGGGCCGGGCCCCCCCACAACAGUACUAUGGUGGGCCUCAAGACUAUCAGCAGGGUCAGGGUCAGGGUCAGGGUCGAGGUAGGGGAGGCCAGCACUACCAGAGAGGGGGCCCACAAGGCCGUGGUGGUGCCUAUGCAGGUAGCCGAGAGGGCCCAUUAAGUGGCGGGCCGUCUAGGCCGCCAGCUCCCGAGCUGCACCAAGCUACACAUUCUCCGUAUCAAUCCGUGUCGAGUCAGCCAAAGCUAUAUGGGAGGCCAGUGGAGACAACUGGUGGACCCGGCUACUCUUCUUCUUCAUCGUCUUCUUCCCAUGCACCACCACCCGAGCCAACCGAAGUUGAGGUGGCCGAGCAAAUGCAGCAGCUCUCAGUGCAGGAAGUGGCCCCGAUCCAUGAAAUCCAACCUGUUUCGAGCAAGUCAAUGAGAUUUCCCUUGAGGCCGGGCAAGGGCAGUUGUGGUAUCAGGUGCAUCGUGAAAGCCAACCACUUUUUCGCUGAGCUGCCUGACAAAGACUUGCAUCAGUAUGAUGUGUCAAUUACCCCUGAAGUUGCAUCACGUGGUGUUAAUCGGGCAGUUAUGGAACAGCUAGUGAAGCUUUACAGGGAGUCUCAUCUUGGAAAGAGACUGCCUGCAUAUGAUGGAAGAAAGAGCCUCUACACUGCAGGUCCUCUGCCUUUUGUCUCCAAGGAGUUCAGGAUAACCCUUUUUGAUGAAGAUGAUGGAGCAGGCGGUGUCAGGCGAGAGCGGGAAUUCAAGGUGGUUAUCAAGUUUGCUGCACGUGCUGACUUACACCAUUUAGGCAUGUUUUUACAGGGUAGGCAAGCUGAUGCACCACAAGAGGCUCUUCAGGUUCUGGACAUUGUUCUGCGUGAACUUCCCACCUCUAGGUAUUGCCCGGUUAGUCGUUCUUUCUAUUCCCCUGAUUUAGGGAGGAGACAGCCUCUGGGUGAAGGUCUGGAAAGCUGGCGUGGCUUCUAUCAGAGUAUCCGCCCCACACAGAUGGGUUUGUCUCUCAAUAUAGAUAUGUCAUCCACUGCUUUCAUUGAGCCACUUCCCGUGAUUGAUUUCGUGUGCCAGCUUCUGAAUAGAGAUGUCUCAGCCAGACCAUUAUCUGAUGCUGAUCGUGUUAAGAUCAAAAAAGCACUCAGAGGAGUAAAGGUAGAGGUGACUCAUAGAGGGAACAUGCGAAGGAAAUACAGAAUUUCUGGUUUAACUUCACAGGCAACACGAGAGCUAACAUUCCCGGUUGACGAGAGAGGUACCAUGAAAUCUGUAGUUGAAUACUUUCAAGAAACCUAUGGUUUUGUUAUUCAGCACACCCAGUGGCCUUGCCUGCAAGUUGGAAAUACUCAACGGCCAAACUAUUUGCCGAUGGAGGUGUGCAAGAUAGUCGAAGGCCAGAGGUACUCCAAGAGGUUGAAUGAGAGACAAAUUACUGCACUUCUCAAAGUCACUUGCCAGCGUCCACAAGAAAGAGAGUAUGACAUACUCCAGACUGUACGCCACAAUGCAUAUGCCCAGGACCCUUUUGCCAAGGAGUUUGGAAUUAAAAUUAGCGACAAGUUGGCACAGGUUGAAGCUCGUGUACUGCCUCCACCGCGGCUGAAAUAUCAUGAUUCUGGUCGGGAAAAGGACUGUCUUCCUCAGGUUGGACAGUGGAAUAUGAUGAACAAGAGGAUGGUAAACGGUGGGACUGUGAACAGCUGGAUCUGUAUUAAUUUUGCCCGUAAUGUUCAAGACAGUGUUGCACGCAGUUUCUGCCACGAGCUUGCACAGAUGUGCAUUACAUCUGGCAUGGAUUACAAUCCCGAACCUGUGUUACAAGUUCUGAGUGGCCGCCCGGAUCAGGUAGAAAGGGUCCUUAAAGCUAGGUUCCAUGACGUGAUGACAAAAUUGCAGCCCCAAAAGAAAGAGCUCGACUUGCUAAUUGUGAUACUACCAGACAAUAACGGGUCCCUUUAUGGUGAUUUGAAGCGGAUAUGCGAAACGGAUCUUGGAAUAGUUUCACAGUGCUGCCUUCAAAAGCACGUUUACAGGAUGAGCAAACAGUAUCUGGCGAAUGUUGCAUUGAAGAUUAAUGUAAAAGUUGGUGGGAGGAAUACUGUGCUCGUUGAUGCUAUCUCGAGGCGUAUACCGCUUGUCAGUGAUCGGCCGACUAUAAUAUUUGGUGCUGAUGUCACACAUCCUCAUCCUGGAGAGGAUUCUAGCCCAUCCAUUGCUGCUGUUGUUGCUUCUCAGGAUUGGCCUGAAAUCACAAAAUACGCAGGCUUGGUCUGUGCUCAAGCCCAUAGGCAGGAGCUCAUCCAAGACCUCUAUAAAACCUGGCAGGAUCCAGUCAAGGGGACUAUGCACGGUGGCAUGAUCAAAGAAUUGCUUAUUUCAUUCCGUCGGGCGACUGGACAGAAACCUCAGCGGAUUAUUUUCUAUCGUGACGGUGUGAGUGAAGGGCAGUUUUAUCAAGUUCUGCUCUAUGAACUCGAUGCUAUACGCAAGGCAUGUGCCUCGUUAGAGCCGAACUAUCAGCCAACCGUUACAUUUGUUGUGGUUCAAAAACGUCACCACACGAGAUUGUUUGCUAACAACCACCAAGACAGGCAUGCAGUCGAUAGAAGUGGGAAUAUUCUGCCUGGUACUGUUGUGGAUUCUAAGAUCUGCCACCCGACAGAAUUUGACUUCUAUCUUUGCAGCCAUGCUGGGAUACAGGGGACUAGCCGACCAGCUCAUUACCAUGUCCUUUGGGAUGAAAACAAAUUCUCGGCUGAUGCUCUUCAGAGUCUUACGAAUAAUCUCUGCUAUACAUAUGCUAGGUGCACCCGCUCUGUUUCAAUCGUGCCGCCUGCAUAUUAUGCACAUUUGGCUGCUUUCCGUGCUCGUUUUUACAUGGAGCCCGAGACUUCAGACAGCGGGUCGAUGACGAGCAGUGCAGUUACCGGGCGAGGUAUUGGCGUGAGGAGCACGCGGGUCCCGGGGUCAAAUUCCGCCGUGAGACCCCUUCCACAGCUAAGGGACAACGUCAAAAGGGUGAUGUUUUACUGUUAA